CCUCUUAGGUUUAUCGAUUAACGAAUGUCAUUCUAGCAACGAUUAGCCUAAUCUGUAACUUAAUAGUAAACUUGUUAUACUGACAAUUUAUAAUCGUAAUAAUUUUACUGUACAAUAAAAAUUUAGUGUUUUAUUCUUGAAAGGAUUACUAAGUGAUAAAUAAAAUGGAUAACUACGUUUUUUCAAAUCAAAACAACGAUGAAAAUCAAGUCUCAAAGAGUAAGGAGGUUUAUUCUUUUGAUGAAGCAAUUGGACAUAUUGAGGAUUUGUUACUAGAAAAAGAUUUCCAAACUCUACAAAAAAGAUUUUUAGAAAAAUAUUGGAACAUUUUUGAACCAUCAGAAGAAAACAAACUAAUUUAUACUGAUAUUUUUCAUGAAUAUAAUAAAGCUGUGGAAGCGUACAUUGUCGAUUAUCUCCAAAAGGUCAUGCCACAAUUCACUAUAGAUAUCCUUUUACAUCAAUUAAAUGAGAAACAAGCAGAGCUGGAAGGUGAAGUUUUUGAAGUACUCUCAACAAUAACAGACUUCUUGGCUUUUAAAGAAAUGUUUCUUGACUAUAGAGCAAUAAAAGAAGGGAAAGUUGAAGACCUCAGCUGUGGGAUAUCAGUCAUACCUUUAAAAUCUUCUAAUUUGGACUGCAAUGAUUCACUAAAACAAUGUACAUGAUUCGAACACUAAGAUGUCUUUUAGAAUAAAAAUUUUUAGAAUAAAAAUGGAACAUAUCAGAAAUGAAUGUGAGAAGCAAAAUGUAUUCAUCAUAUAAAAUAAUUAUUAUAUCAAUUAUUGUGUUUGUAAAAAUUCAU